CAAAGGCACAGGGUUUCUUGGAUCCCUCAACCUGAAGGAGCCAUAGCCUAGUGAUUCACACUGAAGCCACAGGCUAUGUUAUGUCUUUGUUGCAAGUGUGUGCACUUUGCAGCAGAGGUAAGUGCUUUUGGUAUAUCAUGCUUAAAACGAAGGAGACCUAAUAUAGAGAGGCAUACCAUGUUCAUGGACUGGAAGACUCAGCAUAGUAAAGAGACCAGUUCUUCCCAAGUUGAUCUAUAGUUUUGUUCUAAUUCCUAUCAAAAUCCCAGGAAGGACUUGUAUACACAGACAAGUUUAUUCUAAAAUUUAUAUGAUGGGCAUGAGUCCCAGAAUAGCUAGAACAAUGAGGGGAAAGGACAGAAUACACUUCCGGUUAUUACAGCUCUCUGCAAAGCUCCUGUGAUAGGCUCGGAGAUCCCAGAACAGAGCAGAGACCCCGGAAACACCCACACAAGCAGCCAACAGGUUUUUGACAAAUGUGUCAAAGCAAGUGAGUGGAGGAAGGACUGUCUCUUUAAUAAAGAGUGCGGGAACAAUUUGAUAUCCAUGGGCAAAUAAAAAACCUCCUAACCUGCCAUUUGCCAACAAUGGUGUGUUGUUUAAAGUAAAACGUUGCUAGGCUCUGAAGCAGGAUUCAUUUUGUUGGCGCGCUGGGAGGUUUGGGGAAUCUAGGAGCCCGCGGUCGUGCCUCCGCCUUUGCUAGCCACGCCCCCAGUGGGCCCUGCCGGGGAGGGUGACCACGCCCACAGUCUGACAGUUGGGCGGGGCCAAAGCUUUGGACACGCCACUUCCACCGGAAGCUCAGUCACCCUGCUUCCGGUCGGAGUUGGUCCCGCAAGUCGGGACGCUGCGUCUCUAUGCGGGGAAGAGCCGCAAACUCAUAUUCUGAAAUCCGCUUCGGGCCGCUUGUGAGUGGGCUCGAUGCCGGCCCUGCAGCCGGAGAAGCGGCUGCUGACGAGAAGAGGUUGUUCUCCGGAACGAAGGCAGCGUGCACGGGCUGUUUCCGGGGGGGCCGAAGCUGUCGCCGCGCCCGACCCCGCCUCUGGCGCGGCCACGUCUCCGCUUGAGCAGCCGGGCCGGGUUGCCGCUGUGGUUCCUCAGCGCCGGGGUAUCGUAUUACUUGGUUUGAUUUCAAGUCGUACAUAAGACGUUACAUCUCUUGAAAAUGGAAAACCUAGUGCCGUCCUUCCCCGGGGAUCCUGACUGUUGGUGAUGGCAGAGCCAAGCCUGGCAGCAGCGCCCGUGCAGCUCCCGAGUGUCAGCCCAGUCUGAGUCGUCCUGACCAUGGAUGGAGUGUCGGCCGUGCAGGGUGGCGUCUUGGAAGAUGGAUCCCGCAGUGGCACCUCAGCCGGUCCUGAACCCCUCCCGCAGCCCCUGGGCCCUCCGGCGCCACCUGACCAGUGGGAUGAAGCCCAGCGUGCCAGCGCCGAGGUGGACAGAGCUAUGGAUGAAGGAGAAAGCCCAGACGGGCCCAGCGAGGGGGACGCCUGUCAGAAUGGGCCGAUGCCACAGCUCCCAGGCCCGCCGUCGGCUCUCGGUCCCACCAAGAGCCCAGUGGGUCCUGAUGCGCCUCCAGGUGUGGCUGGUUUCCAUGACAACCUAAGGAAGUCUCAGGGGACUAGUGCUGAGGGCAGUGUUAGAAAAGAAGCUUUGCAGUCUCUCAGACUCAGUCUUCCUUUGCAAGAAACGCAACUGUGCUCAGCAGAGGCCUCGCUGUCGCUGGAGAAGGAGGAGCAGGUCCGACUUCAGGCUCGGCGGCGGCUGGAGGAGCAGCUCACGCAGUACAGGGUGAAGCGCCAGCAGGAGCGCUCCAGCCAACCUGCAACUAAAACGAGACCUUUCAGCACACUGGAUCCUGAGCUUAUGUUGAACCCAGAAGCCUUACCAAGGGCCAGCACUGUGGCGAUGACAAAGGAGUAUUCCUUCCUGCGCACCAGUGUGCCUCGGGGCCCGAAGGUGGGCAGCUUAAGGCACCUAGCACAUUCUAAGGAGAAAAAAAGUUCCAAAUCAAGCAAAAUUCGGUCCCUGGCUGAUUACAGAACUGAAGACUCGGAUGCUGGGAAUUCGGGUGGAAGUGUUCUGGCCACGGACUCCGCUAGGGGCUCCCUGAAGCAGAACCGAAGCAGCAUGACGUCAGUGGUGUCUGAGGUCAGCCUGUGUCCUGAAGCCGAUGACCUGGAGAACUCAUCCCUUCCUGGAGACAACAUGUCUGAGGCUGAUGGGAAUGAGAGCGACAGCUCUUCCUACAGCGGCGUCUCCACCCGGGGGGUGCACGGCCUUCUGGUGAACAGCGCGGGCACGCGUGAAGCAUCCUAUGUGAUCAACGGCCAGGAGAUUGCCUCCAGUUCUCUGGGCCAGUUCCCGUCCAUCACGGAUGUCCUCCAGGCCGCUGCAGCCGAGCACCGAGACCGGGGCCCAGAGGUCAAUGGGGAGACACGGAGCCGGACGGACAGCAUCUGCAGCAGCGUGUCCAUGGAAGGUUCUGUGGCUGAAACUCAAGAUGAGAUGUUGCAGGUUCUUAAAGAAAAAAUGAGACUUGAGGGACAGCUGGAAGCCUUAACGCAAGAGGCUAGUCAGGCACUUAAGGAAAAGGCGGAGCUGCAGGCGCAGCUGGCCGCCCUGAACACGCGGCUGCAGGCGCAGGAGGAGCACAGCCACAGCAGCCAGCGGAAGCAGGACGCGCUCAGUUCGGAGGUGGACACCUUGAAGCAGUCCUGCUGGGACCUGGAGCAGGCAAUGAGCGACCUGCAGAACACGCUGGAGGCCAAGAACGCCAGCCUUUCGUCCUCCCACCACGACCUGCAGGUGGCAGAGGAGCAGUACCAGCGGCUCCUGGCCAAAGUGGAGGAGAUGCGGAGCAGCAUGCUCAGCAAGGACAGCACAGUGCACGACCUCCGGCAGCAGAUGACAGCCUUGCAGAGCCAGUUGCGGCAAGUGCAGCUGGAGCGCACAACGCUCACCAGCAGGCUGAAGACGUCCCAGGCGGAAAUCGCAUCGCUGCAAAGCGUCAGGCAGUGGUACCAGCAGCAGCUCGCCCUGGCCCAGGAGGCCCGGGUCAGACUGCAGGGCGAGAUGGCCCACAUCCAGGUUGGACAGAUGACCCAGACGGGCCUCCUGGAGCACCUGAAACUUGAGAAUGUGUCCUUGUCCCAGCAGCUGACGGAAACCCAGCACAGGUCCAUCAAGGAGAAGGAGCGCAUCGCCCUGCAGCUCCAGGGCAUUGAGGCUGACAUGUUGGACCAAGAAGCUGCCUUUGUGCAGAUUCAAGAGGCAAAGACGAUGGUGGAGGAGGACCUGCAGAGGAGGCUAGAGGAGUUCGAGGAGGAGAAAGAGCAGCUGCAGAAGAUGGCAGCCUCAGCAGCAGCCCUGGAGCAGCAGCUAGAGGAGGUGAAGCUAACCCUGCACCAGCGAGACCAGCAGCUUGCAGCCUUGCAGCAGGAGCACCUGGACCUGCUGAAGCAGUUCACCUCCACACAGGAGACGCUGCAGGGCCGGGAGCAGGCCCUCGGUGACCUGCAGGUGCGCUACGAUGAGCUGCAGGCCCGACUGGAGGAGCUGCAGGGCGAGGCCACCUCCAAGGACGACACCAUCCGCUUCCUGCAGAACGAGAAGAUUGUCUUGGAGGUGGCUCUGCAGGCCGCCAGGAGCAGCGAGGAGGAACUCGACAGAGGAGUCAGAAGCUUGGAAGAAGGUGCUGAGGAAACGUCAGGAGUCCUGGAGCAGCUGAGACAGGAGUUAGCCGUCAAGUCCAGCCAGGUGGAGCACCUGCAGGAAGACGCCAGCUCUCUGAAAAAGCAGAUGCAGAAAAUAAAGGAACAGUUUCUUCAACAGAAGCUCCUGUCCUGGCAGGUGAUGGUGGAGGCCUACCGGCGGGACACCGCCUCCAAAGACCAGCUCAUCAGCGAGCUCAAGGCCACGAAGAAGAGGCUGGACUCGGAGGUGAAGGAGCUGAGGCAAGAGCUGAUGCAGCUCCAAGGGGACAAGAAGUCCAUGGAGGCGGAGCAGGCGCGCUUGCAGAAGGAGGUGUCCCGAGUGCAGCAGCAGAUGGUGGCUCUCGAAGGGCAUCUGGAGUCGGUGCAGAGGGAGCGCGAUGAGAUGGAGACCCACCUGCAGGCUCUGCAGUUCGACAGACAGCAGGUGGCUGCGCUGACAGAGGCCAACAAGGGGCUCCAGGCCCAAGUGGAAGAGCUACGGCAGGAAGCCGCCAGGGCCAUCACCGAACAGAAGCAGAGGGUGACACGGCUGGGCUCGGACCUGAGCAGCGCUCAGAAGGAGAUGAAGAGCAAGCACAAGGCCUACGAGAGCGCCGUGAGCAUCCUGAGCCGCCGCCUGCAGGAGGCCCUCACCGCCAAGGAGGCAGCUGAGGCUGAGCUGAGCCAGCUGAGAGCCCAGGCGGCCGAUGGUGCCAGCGACCUCGUGCUGCGCGAGAGAAUCCAGGCCCUGGAGGUGGAGUUGCAGACCGUGGGCCACAGCAAGGUGAUGCUGGAGAAGGAGCUGCAGGAGGUCAUCGCGCUGACUACCCAGGAGCUGGAGGAGUACCGGGAGAAGGUGCUGGAGCUGGAGGACGAGCUUCAGGAAUCCAGAGGCUUUAGGAGGAAGAUAAAGCGCCUUGAAGAGUCAAAUAGGAAGUUGGCUUUGGAGUUGGAGCACGAGCGAGGGAAGCUCACCGGCCUUGGACAGUCCAAUGCGGCUUUGCGGGAGCACAACAGCGUGUUGGAGACAGCGCUAGCCAAGAGGGAGGCCGACCUCGUGGAGCUGAACCUUCAGGUUCAGGCCAUCAUGCAGCGCAAGCAGGAGGAGGACCGCCAGAUGAGGCAGCUCGUGCAGGCCUUGCAAGCCGCACUGGAGAGAGAGAAGCUGGAAGUGCACAGCCUCAGGGAACAGGUGGCUGCAGCCAAAGUAGAAGCAAGGCACAACCAGCGCCACUUCAAGGCCGCCACCUUGGAGCUGAGCGAGGUGAAAAAGGAGCUGCAGGCCAAGGAGCUCCUGGUGCAGACGCUGCAGGCGGCGGCCGAGCGUCUCCAGCUUCAGGAGGGGAGACAUGCCCAGGAAGUCGCCCAGUUCCAGGCAGAGCUUUCAGAGGCACGGACCCAGCUACAGCUCCUGCAGCAGCAGUUGGACGAGCAGCUGAGCAAACAACCUGUGGGCAACCAAGAGAUGGAAAACCUCAAGUGGGAGGUGGAUCAGAAGGAGAGAGAAAUCCAGUCCCUGAGGCAGCAGCUGGACCUGAGCGAGCAGCAGAGCAGGCGGGAGCUAGACGGGGCCGAGCGGGCUCUGCAGAAUAUCAAGUCUGAGCUGGAGGUGAUGCGGGAAGACCUGUCUGUGACCCAGAAGGACAAGUUCAUGCUUCAGGUGAAAGUGUCGGAACUGAAGAACAACAUGAAAACUCUGCUACAGCAGAACCAGCAGCUCAAGCUGGACCUGCGACGCGGCGCGGCCAAGACGAGAAAGGAACGGAGAGGCGAGGCCAGCCCUGCCAGCCCCGUGACGCCGGUGAAGGUCCCCGACUGCCCCGUCCCGGCCUCACUGCUGGAGGAGCUGCUGAGGCCCCCGCCCGCCGUGAGCAAGGAGCCCCUGAGGAACCUCAACAGCUGUCUCCAGCAACUGAAGCAGGAGAUGGACAGCCUGCAGCGCCAGAUGGAGGCACACGCCGUCACCGUGCACGAGUCACUGUCCUCAUGGACUCAGGGGGACCCUGCCGCCAGCCCUGCUUCCCUGGGCGACCAGGCCCCCCCCGGAGGAGACACCGAGCCACCCGGUCCCAGCAGCACCUCCAGAGAGCGGCUGGGAACACCCUCUGCCGAGCACCCCCAUGCUGAGUGUGUGUGAUCGUCCCUGACAAGGGACCUUAAGUUCUGCGUUUGCUUUACAAGGAGUGAAAUAACGGGAGCCACCUGCAGGUCACAACCAGCUUCCCCAGAAGUGACCAAACCUUCAAACCCCAGCUGAGCUCUCAGUGACAGUGUUAGAAGGUGUCUGGGGCCAUUUGCAGGAGGUGAACCCUCACCAGUGAUAUAGACGCUGCUCUGUGGCCACCGGUCCUGGGGAACCUGGUCGUGGGCCCACUUCCUCACUUCACCUCCCCGCGGAAGUGAAAUUUUGCACCUUUGGUUUGUAUUUUAUUUUCACAGCCAUCCCACCAUAGGAUGUGUAUGUAAAUACUGAGAAUCGUAACCUAAUCUUUAAAAAGUAUGUCCCCGUAUUAUUUAAAAAUGACCUGAAUUGUCUGCUUUUCGAUUGCCUUUUGAAAAUCUGCUGUCAGGAAAUAAUGUACAUGUAGGAUUAAGGGAUGUCAGUAAGAAAAUUAUAUUUUAAGAAAUAUAAUUAUUUUAUUUACCUCCUAAAACCAAAUAUUCUUAGAGCAUUCUUUCUUGUUUUUGUUUCACUUUAUUUUUAAGUGUCUUUUCCUUGUUAAGUGCACGAUGCCCAGCUGUCCAACCGCCCUGCUUGGCCUCACCACCCCCCAAGCAACAUGGCUUGUCCAGGCCGCACCUUCUGUGCCCAAGUGGCAGUGUCCACCAGGACCUGUGAUGGUCGGAGACACGCUGGGCUCAGUGGUUGUAUUUCUGUCCCCAAGUUUGCUAAUUAAAUCUAAAAUAGUAUUUAUUGUAAUAAGUCAGAGUGAGGUGGGUGCAUGUGCACCCUGUGCAGAUCUGCUGCUCUGAGGGUGGGGUGACAUGUCCAGAUCCAACAUCAUGCCAGCCUGUGUGCUGUGUCUUGUGUCUUGUUUGUGGAGAAAACAAUAUAUAUUUUUAUUGGUUUGAGAGAGGAAGGAAGAGGGAGAGAAAGAAACAUCAGUAAUGAGAAAGAAUCAUUGAUCGGCUGUCUCCCACACACCCCCUAUUGGGGAUCAAGCCAAAAUCCAGGCAUGUGCCCUGACCAGGAAUCAAACCUUGACCUCCUGGUUCAUAGGUUGACACUCAACCACUGAGUCACACCGGCCUAGAGAAAACAGUGGUAUUUUUAAGCUGUCUGUGUUCUCUUAGAAUGUGCUAUCAUAAGGUUCAUUGAUAAAGUAGCGUUAACCACAAAGACGUUUAGAGUUUAAAGAAGGGUCCCUAGUAAGUAUUGGGACUUCUAAAUACAUCUCUCAUUUGACAGGGUCAAUCUUGAAACAAUACUUGAAGACUCAUUAUAAAUGUAUCAUACUUUUCAUAAUAAGUUGGAAAGCAUUUUUGACAAAAUUGUUUUUGUGCCAUUGGAAGAGAAACAUGAUAAUUUAUGUUCUUAGUUACUUUGGCUGCAUUAUUCUUGUUUUAAUUUUAAAACCAAGACAUGGCACCCAGCCCCGUGCCUCAGUGGCUCUCAGACUCCCCAGGGAAGACCUGCCACUGCCUCCAUGUCCUUCUCUCGGGAAAAGCUAACCCUGAACGCACCCAUCAAAGGGAGGCCGUCUCUGUCCUUGCCGCCUUCCUUCUCCUGUGCCACCAUCAUCCUCGGUGCCCAUUCUUCAGCUCAGCCAGCACCUGGCCGGCUUUGGUCCCGGCUUUGGGCGCGGCUCCUGCUUGCUUAUCUCCACCAGACUGACUGCUUCCUCCCAAGAUGGGAUGUGUUCUUCUGUUCUGGGCAGAAGUGGAAUUGGGAAUUUACUCAUGAGAAACAGCAGUCAAGUCCGGAGCCCGUAUAACCCAGGUUCGCCAUUGCAAGUGUGUGUGUCUCUUCAGCCUGUGUGCGAACGCCGUCCUGUCCUCACUUGGGAAGUCCUUACUUGCUUUUCUUAACGUUUCUAAAAAACUAUUGCAAUGUCAUGAUCAUUGAUUUCUCCACAAUGCACACCAGGUAGCUGCCACGGAUCUGAGAGCCUUUGUUCUACAGGGCGGGCAAAAGCAUGGAAAACAUUUCAUAUGGAAAAAUAAUACGAUAAUAAUACAAGAAUUAACUUCUGUGUACUCACAGCUGUAAACCUACUUUUGCCCGCUCUGUUUGGAGGGAUCAGAGGCCUUUGGUUUGGGUGUGAAACAGGCUCUUGUCCCGGGUCCAGGGCGCAGCAUCCACUGGGCAGUCGGCCUGCAGCCAGGGCGUGAGGACGUCUCCUCGAGCCCCUUGCAGCUUAGGCCUCCCUUGGUCUAGGGUUACUGCAGGUCACCGUGACAACAUUUCUGCUUCACGGGUAUCUUUCUUAACAAAAGUUCAGUGUGGUGUGUGAAGAUUCUGGGGUGAGGGACCCACAUGACGUGGACAGGCCUGUGACGUGUGAGACACUCAGCCUUAUUCACGCAAUGACCACGUCCCGGGCGCGUCCCAUGGUGGUGGUCUCAGGUUUUAUAAGAGAGUCUUCGGAGGGAUGUUUUAGAGGGUCUGGGACACUCGGUUUUAAGUUAUUCAUUUCUAUUAAAAAUUUCCUCAUAAAAGGGAGUCCUUAGGUUGGGGCGUUCAGGGGAAAGAUGUCAUCAUGCACCACAAAUUGUAACGUUAAAAAGCAUGUUGAUUUUUUAUAAAUUUAAGCGUGCUUGGGAAUUCCUUAAAUUUUGUGCAAUAAACUAUUUUUUGUUAAA